AAAAUCAUCCAAACAGACAUGGCAUCGACCUCUCGAACCCCACUCCCGAUCGAAACGAUCCCUAAUUGGCUCGAUCUCCCAAUGGACGUGAUGGCCACAAUACUCCACAGGGUGCGAACCAUAGACGUUUUGAUGAACGUACAGAGUGUGUGUUCUGCUUGGCGGAGACUAUGCAAAGACCCGGCGAUGUGGAGAGUUAUAGAUAUUCACAGUUCGGGGGCUUUGUUCGACAUGUUGUAUGAUCUUGAGAGCAUGUGUAGGCACGCCGUUGAUCGGAGCGAAGGGCAUUUAGUCGAAGUCAAUUUCGAGUACUUCGGCACCGAUGAAUUGCUCCACUACAUUGCCGAGCGGUAUAACACCCCAUUUGAAUUUGAUAUAUAUGCAUUUCAAUCUAUAAUUUAG